ACAGUCUAUGACAGAGCAGCUGGGAUUACUGUACAAGACAUGGCACUGACCGGGCUGCUGCAGAGGCUGAACAGCAUGGGGUACAAGAACUGGAUCAAAGCUGGACAUUGUCUGCUGCUCCUUAAAGGCUCCCUGCAAGAAUUCGUUGUAUCAGAAAUGAAGACUUUUCACAGAGAACUCCGCAGCAAGAUCCCAGCAGCUCUGCAAAAUUCUAGCUGUCAAUGCAAAGCAACGGGGAAAACGUUCCAUCCUGGCUGCCCUGUUUGUGCAGAAUGGAAAAGGUUGAUUCUAAAUCAUCAUACGAACAGAAAUGGUGAAAUACACUGGGGAAACUGCAAUCCAUCAUUAUGGCCUACAAAUUACUGGGAAGUAGCAAAGGCAUAUAUGCCACGUGGACAUGCAGACAAGAGAGGACCAGAGUUAUGUGAUGCAUCUGCCAUCCUCAAUUUGAUAAAUGCCUGCGAUCGCUUUCGAAGAUUUGAUAAUUCAAAAGUUAGAGCGGUUAUAAAGUGCCGUAACGACUUAAUGCACUCUUCAGACAUGAGUGUUUCUGCAAACUGGCUGAAUGACUUUGGGAAUAAGUUGCAGAAUUUAAUAGCAGAGUUUAAACAUGUGCCCAAAAUAAAAGAGGAAAGUGGCAAAAUACUGCAGGUGUUGUCAUCAGAUUGGUUUGUUGAAGAUUGUGAUCACUAUGAAACUGAUGGAUUGCCAAGUAGAGAGGAAACAACAUCAUUGUCUGUGUAUGAAGUAGAAAAACAGCUAAUACAACAGCUGCUGGAAGAAACAUACUUUCAGAUAGAAGAUAAAAACACAUGGACUCAACAGGACAAUGACACUUUGCAAGCCAUCAAGAAGUUUUUAUCAGAUAAUGAAGAUCUUCAUUCUGAUUUUAAGGCAGAUUUAGUGAGAUUUGAAAGUUUGUAUUCCCAUCUUACAUUUGCGGAAGGUUGUUCCUUGUAAGAAUGGAAUUGUGCUGAUGAAGUCGGUGUUAUAAUAUUAUCACUACAUCUUCAAUGGACAUAGCUGGAGCUUGAAAUGUUUUAAAAACUUGAUCAUAUGCUGCUUUUUACCAUCUGACAUUCUCUAAAAUAAGCACAUACUAUUAUACAAUGUGACCUAAUAAGACAUUUUCAGAAUUUCAUUUUUACAUUAUUCUUUGACUAUUUAACUUAUAUUUUGUACUGAGAUAAAUACUAUUUAAUACAUGAAAGUGAAUCACUCCUUGAGUAUAAACCUAUUUAUUUUCAUGUGUUCUGCAGAAUUACAUUUAGUCCCCAACACCUCACUCAUU